UCUCUCUCUCUCUAAGUCAGCAUCUCUCUCUCUCUAACUCCAUUUUUUUUCUCUCUCUCUAUCAUUUCUCCCUGAAGAGCGGCGGAGAACAAGUGCAGCGACCUCUCUCUCUCUCUCUCUUGUGUACAGGGAGCAGCGCCAUCUCUUUCUCUCUCUAACUCCAUUUCUCCUUGAAGACCGGCGACAACAAAUGCGGUGACCUCCCACCCCCUCUCUCUCUCUCUCUCUGUUGAGUAGAGGCAUCAGCUCUCUCUCUCUCUCUCUGUGAAGCAGUGGAGACAAAAACGGCGACUUUCUCUCUCUAAAAAGCCAGUCGAGACAAAUUCAGCAACCUCUCUUUCUUUUGUGUGAGGAUGCAGACAGGCAAUCUCCCUUUCUCUUUCUGAAGCUGCUCUCUCUCUCGCUAUUUGAAGAUCGCUGACCGCGAAAUUAAUUGCUUCUCUCUCUAAAGACCAGUGAGUUUCUCUCUCUAAAGAUUAGUGACGACAAGGGCCGCAAUCUCUCUCUAACUACCAGUGAGAUUCUUACUCUAAAGAUCAGUGCCACAAUCUCUCUCUAAAGACCAGUGAGAUUCUCUCUCUAAAUACCAGUGACGACAAAGGGCCGCAAUCUCUCUCUAACUACCAGUGAGAUUCUUACUCUAAAGACCAGUGCCGCAAUCUCUCUCUAAAGACCAGUGAGAUUCUCUCUCUAAAGACCAGGGCCGCAAUCUCUCUCUAAAGACCAGUGAGAUUAUCUCUCUAAAGAUCAGUAACGACAAAGGCCACAAUCUCUCUCUCUCUGGGUCGCUUGCCAGAAGUAGCACCAGAAGUUGCAACCUUUCCCUCUCCUCCAUCCCUGGCUCUCUCUCUCUCAUCAGUAAUUGAGAACAGAAGCGACUAUUUCUCUGAUAAACCCCCCUCUUCUCUCUCUCUACCUCUUUCUCUCUCUCUACCUCUUUCUCGUAAUACCAGUGAGAACAGAAUCAGCAACCUCCACCACCUCUAAAACUAGCAACCUCUCUCUCUCUCUCUCUAGCCCCCUCCUCCCCCCCUUUGAUGCCGGCCAUUUAUCCUGGAAAAUGCUUUCUACCUCUGCAAUUCCUUCAAUCAUGGCAUCCAUAGAGGCCUCUUUGUCUGAAAUCUGUAGCUUUAACUAUGCAUGGGAAUGUCCUCUAUGCUUUUGCUCAUAUUCAAAGCGCCUCGAAUUGAUUGUGAAACAGCUCCAAAAGUCUCAGAUUGAUCCGAUUCCAUCAUUUCAAAAUGCUCUUAAGGGGAUCUCAGAGGACCUCUCUAAAGCAUGCAAAUCUUUUGCUGCCUAUAGGGGAAAGGGGAAGAUUUAUGUGCUUGUAAAUUGUUUGGAUCUCUGUCUUGCUUUGCAAGAGAGGUGUAGGAGUAUUGGUGCUUGGUUGACCUUGAUUGAAGCUUCUUGUGGGUCUGGAACUGACCUGAAGAAGAAGACCCAUGACUUAUCAGAGGAAAUGCAACAAGCCCAAUUUAAGGUCACCGACAAUGAAGAGAGGGUGUAUUAUAUUCUACAGAAAGAGGCUCAAGGUCGGCAAACUACAAAAGCAGUGCAAAGUGCUAUCCUUAUGGAUCUGGCUCGAGCCUUGGGAACAGGGCCUGAGAACCACCAUGAGUUAGCCGAACACAUCCAGAUCUUUAAAACCGACCUUGGUGAUUCCAUGACUGGAAAUGAGAGGCGUAUUCUUGUAUCACUAGAAAGGAUGUUUGGUAACUGGUCAAUUGAACCCAAGACUGUAUCUGAAAGUCUCGAACUUGAAUUUGAAGAGGAAGGCCAUAUACCACCAUUUAAGAACUUCCUCUGCCCAUUGACCAAGGAAGUUAUGAAGGACCCAGUUGUUCUUGAAUCCUCCCAAACUUAUGAGCGCAGUGCUAUUAGAUACUGGUUUGACCUUUGUGUAGAAGAUGGUCGAGACCCAACCUGCCCAGUAACUGGAAAGGUCUUAAAGAGUUUGGAUCAAAAGCCAAAUAUUGGUCUUGCAGGGGCAAUUGAGGAAUGGGUCAAUAGGAAUGUUGAAAUUCAAAUUCAAUCAGCGACUGAAAAUCUGAGUGAGGAGUCUACAGUGGAGUGUAUUGAAAGGACCCUGAAUAAUAUUUAUCGAACAUCAGAAGAGCAUCCAUUAAGCCGAUAUAGACUAAGAAAGGGAGGAAUCAUUCACCUCAUCAUUGCGUUGCUGAAGAGCGCUUCAAAGAAUAUAGGAUCACAUCUAAGAAUCAAAGCUCUUAUGACUAUGCAUAGCUUGUCCAAAGAAGAUGAAUGCAAGAAAAUAAUGCUUCAGGAAGGAAUGGCUAGACUGGCCAUACGAAGUCUUACUGGAAACUUGGAAAAGGAGAAAGAAUAUGCCCUGAAGUUGUUAUCUGAAUUCUCAUGUGAUGAAGAUUAUCGUAGAAAAAUAGCAUCUGAGAAAGGUGCUCUUGUUCUUUUGACAACUAUGGCUGGAAAUUUGGAGCAUCCUGCUUUAGCUAAUCUGGCAGAAAUGACACUACAGAAUUUGGAGAAAGUAGAGGAGAAUGUUCCACAAUUAGCAGCAGCUGGAAGAUUUCAACCAUUACUAGUUCGCCUUUGUGAAGGCACCGAGGAUGUUAAAAUAGCAAUGGCAUCAGUGGUUGGAACAAUGACCCUGGCGAAUAAUGGAAAAGAGCAUGUUGCAAGACAAGGUUCUAAAGUUCUAAUUAGAAUGCUUUCUUCGAAACCUGAUGCUAGAAUUUCAAGCCUCCAAGCUCUAUACAAUCUUUCAGGGUUGGAUGAUAAUGCAACCAUACUUGUUGAUGCUGGUGUGCUUCCCCCGCUGAUAGAUAUUCUGUUUAAAGAGCACAAGGCUGUUAAUUCCACGUUCACUGAUGUGCAGGAUUUGGCAUCAGCUACUUUAGCACACGUUGUCAUGAAGGCGGGACAUUGGGAGUUAGCAUCUGUGGAUAGGGAUAGACAUUCAAUGCAAUCAGAAUUCAUUAUCCAUGGUCUUCUGCGUCUUAUUUCAGAUGUUAGUCCUAACUGUCAAUUGAAUCUUCUCCAGAUUCUUUAUGGCAUUGCGUCCUCACCACAGGCUGCAGAAUCUGCAGCCACCUCUAUAAAGAGUGGAAACGGGAUCUCAAUCAUCACUCCUUUUCUCGAACACCAAGAGAUUGAGCAUCGAAUAUCUGCUUUUAGGCUCAUAAGUAUCCUAUCACGAAGACUGGGUCAAGCUCUGUCAGAUGAGCUCAGAGGCACCAACAAAUUAGCACUGCUCAAAAACACACUAGUGGACUCAAAUAACACAACAGAGGAGAGUUCAGAAGCUGCUUACAUUCUAUCCAACCUCACCAUUUCUGAUGAUGAAGUCAAGACAGUUCUUGGAACCAGUCUCAUCAGGUGGAUCAUUUCAAGACUUAAAGAUCAAAAGAGAAGUGCAUCGGGAAGAGGUUCGAGACCCUCUUCAAACAUGGCAGAAGGCCUUAUGGGCCUCUUGCUUCACUUCACGAAGAGCACUGACCCAUCAAUUCUGGACGCAAUUCAAGAAAACCGAUUAAUGGGUGUUCUUUUGGGGUACGUUAGCGUUUCUCCUAACCCAAGAGUAAAGAAACGAGCCACAAUUGGGUUGAUGCACUUGUCACAAUCUUUGCGAGCACGAGGCAUGGCCAAAGACUCGGAACCCCAGCCUCCCAGUGGCCUGUGUUCUUCCUUGAUGUUUAUAUGUGGCAAGCCACCACUAGUGGCCCCACCUUGUCUAGUGCACUAUGCUUCUUGUGAGGAGGAUAGCCAGUUUUGCUUGUUGAAAGCCAAUGCCAUUAAACCUUUAGUUGAGAUUCUAGGUGAUGAGGACACAAGUGUUCAAAUAGCAGCAGUGGAGGCUUUGUCCACCUUGCUUUCUAACCAAGAUACUCUCAAAGGAGCAGUUGAUGUGCUUGACAAGUAUGGCGUUUUGGAAGCUGUGAUAGACCUCUUUGUGGAAGUGAGGCCUGGUGAGCUUCAAGAGAAGGUGGUUUGGAUGGUCGAUAAGAUCAUAAGAGUGGACCACUAUGCACAGAGUUACUCGGUUGAUCAGAGGUUAGUGAAGGCUUUGGUUGAAGCAUUGAAAUAUGGGAAUGCUACCACAAAAAGGCUUGCACAAGAAGUUCUUACAAACCUCAAGCAGUUGUCAGGGGUUGGUGGGAGGAAUUCGAAUCAAAGUCAAGGACGUCGUGAUUACCGAUAAUCAGAUAGCAGCAUGUCAUUCCAUGGCCAAUUCAUUGUGUUAGUAUCGACUCAUUAUCAAAUCCAAGUCCCGCUGCUAGCAGUAACUUAUUAGAUGCUUGUCUUUCCUGGCCAAUUCAUUGUGUUAAAUUAAUGUACUCUUUUGUGUUUUCAACACGUUUUGUCAUUGUUAUAUAGGAGUGAAUGAACCGGCCAUCAAAUGAGGUUGGUGGUCCUCUGUUUUCCCCUUUGUUCUUGGGUGGAUAAGCUGAGUUUAAGGUUGGGUUUGCUUUUUGCCACCUCUCCAUUUCUUGUUUCUUUUUGGGGUAUUAAGUUUCGCUUUCUAUUGACGUUGUAUGAUUGUAAUAAUGUUCAUGACCAAUUUGUAUAAAGAGUUCAAAGUUGAGUAUGGA